CAUGGAUUGUCAUUUAGUGUAGAAACAAAAUGGCCACCUAUGGGGAUGUUUUUCAUAAUUUUAUUUGGAAUGAAAAGUUUUGGCUAGGCGACGAUGCAAGAUGGGACGAUUUUAUAAGCUCUGAUCCAUCAGUUUACUAUCCCAAAAUCAGCCACAUGAAUUGGUCAAUUGUUGUUGGUGUUUUACUCAUGUUUGUACGGUUUAUUUAUGAAAGUUAUUUAAUCAAACCACUUGCCCAGUGUCUGGGAUUAAAAGAGAGAAAAAAGUUGACAUUAAAAGAAUCCCCAUCUCUAGAGGCUGCAUAUAAAUCCUACAGGUCUAAAGUUCCUCAACAUGAAAUAUUGAGAUUAUCGAAAGAAACCAACAUGACAGAAAGGCAGAUCCAAAGGUGGUUAUUUAAAAGAAGAAUUAUUCAGAUGCCUUCAUCAAUGUACAAAUUUAAAGAAUGCAGUUGGCAAGUUUUGUUUUAUUCUCUCUCAUUUGGCUAUGGGCUCUAUGCCCUUUGGGAUAAACCUUGGUUGUGGGUAACAGUGAACUGUUGGGUAGGAUGGCCUAAACAGCAUAUAGACAAUGAUAUCUUCAUUCUGUAUUUAGUUGAGUUAGGUUUUUAUUGGAGUUUACUGUUUGCAGUUUUCUUUCAAAGAGACUAUCAAAAAAAGGAUAAAAAAGAAAUGGUUCUUCAUCAUAUGGUUACCAUUCUUUUAAUCUAUUUCUCCUGGGGAUGUAAUUUUGUGCGUGUAGGAAGUCUAGUUCUCAUUGUUCAUGACUUUGCAGACCCUUGGCUCAAUAUUGCAAAAAUGGCCAAGUACACAAAACAUCAAACUACUUGUGAAUUUUUCUUCGCUGUUUUCAUAAUUACCUGGAUAGUAUCUAGAUUGUUUAUAUAUCCCUUUUGGGUACUAAAUGCAUCAGCAGUGGAAAUCCAUGAUUAUGUCACCACAUUUCCAGCCUACUGGUUCUUCAAUGGACUGCUGUUCGUUUUACAAUUACUUCACAUCAUGUGGACAUACCUGUUACUAACUGUUGCCUUCCAGAAGUUCACUCUUGGCUCAAUUGAAAAAGAUAUAAGAAGUGAGUCUGACAGUGAGCUGAGUGAUUCCACCAAUGAGGAGCACUUUAAAAACAAUGUCUUUGAGAAAAACAGAAAAACAGUCACCAAUGGAGUCACACAAAAGGUACAAGUCAAUAAAGAAAAAAAGCCUUAACCUACCAUUUGUAUAUUGACUGAGUAAACAACUAUUGCAGAGUCUUCAGGAAUAAUAUUUGUUGUAGUCAUAAUAUGUUAUUGACUGGAGAUCCGGAUGUCUACACAUGUUAAGUACCGGUACAUAUAUUCUGGCAAUUAAUUCAUGAGAAGCUUUUUGUUGUUGUUUUUUUUUGUAUGUGAAAUGAUAAUUUGUCUUUAGUUUUUUUUUUUUUUUUUGUCGGAGUCAGAAUUUUAAAUUUAAUCUGGAUAUAUGAUUUAUAAAAAAGUUGUUUUUUUUGGGGGCAUAAUAUUAUAAACUUUAGGUGUAUUCAGAUUUAAAAUAUUUUUGUAAACAUUUUUGGUUACCCAAUGUGUAUCAUAUUCUUAUUGUAUUUGUGCCAGUUGUCAUGUGUAUUUAAAAGAACUGAAUGAGUUCCACUAAACAGAAAAUAUGUGUAUCUCUGUUCAACCAAAUGUAUUCUGAGAGCCUUAACUUAACAUGUGCCCUAGUGUUAAAAGAUAAUAUUUGUUAUGACAUUUUAACAGGUGUACAUGAUGAUGAAUGUGGUUUGUUUAUUUCUUUCGUUCUUUAUACAAAAAAGGGGUACUUGAAUUUUGAAUGUCAUAGAUAUAAAUAGAAAUAAAAGUUUGAACUGGCUUUUAGAACUGUGAAGUAAAUCAGUUGAUAUCCUGUUCUAUUUGAAGGCUGUACUUUUGCUCAUAUCUGCUAAGCAUUUGGUCAUUCAGUGUAACUCAAGUGUUCUACUCCAAGCUAGCAUUUCAACUUCAUUUGGACAUUUUUGUUUUCAUUUCUUUCAAUUUAUCUUAAAGCGUUUUAUUUUUAAUGAUGAAAAUUACUUAUAUUUUUUAAAAGCUGUAAUUGUUUUUUACACAUUUAAAGAUGUUUUUUUUUUAUUUGUAGUAAAUAUCUUAUUGGUUACUUAACAUUUUAAAUUUCAAUCAUAUGGAUGUAAGUCCUUCAUUUGUUUUUAUCUAAUGAUCUUAAUUGCCUACUAAUAAGAAAGUUUUGGGGAAAUCAGAUUAGUUGACAUAAAUCACUGUGCAUGUCAAAGACAUUGAAACUUUCUUCUUUUCCUUUAAUAAUUUUGUCUGUAAAGUUUGUUUCUUUUCAAAAUCUAUUCUUCAUUUGUAUUUUAAACUAAUGGCCAAUAGGGUUAAAAUGAUUUUAUAUUCAUUUUAUAUUAUAAUUGUUCAUUUUUAAACUAAAGUAAUGGUAUUCCAUAAUAGAUGGUAAGUCUGGAAGAUUAUCUCCUUAUUAUGCUCAAAAUGAUACAAUAACUUGGAUUGAUUUGGAUAUCUAUGAAUGCUAAUGUAUUUUUAAAUAUAGGAAUCAAGUACUUGCCAACAUACACUGUUUGAAACAGUCAGUUUAUUCUACCAUCAAUUUUUGGUAUUUGCUGGUUUGAUUGCAAAUAUUUUUUGUUCUUUAAUUUAUCUAAUUUAUUUGUCAAAUGAACUGUGCAAUUUUCUUAGUCCUUGCAUAUUUAAUAUAUAUGUUAGUUCAUUGUGUGCUUUUAUUUCAAUCAUAAAUGUAAUGUUUUAGUUUGCUCAGAUUAAGGCUUCUGUUCAAUAGAAUGAAUCAUACAUUAGCCAGUGUUUUGCUUAUGUUUGGGCAUUAGCAUCACAAGAAAAGUAACAACAAUUUUUAACCAUUUAUAAAGGAAUUUUUUUUUAUCCGCUAUUUUGAUACAAAAAGAAAUUUAGAGUGAUACUUGAUUACCAAAUCUGCUAUUUAUACGUUUGUUUUCUGUGUUCUUGUUUGUAUAUAGUGUAUACAUUAUGAUCAUCUUCUCAGCUGGAAGAAACUCUUUAUUUGUUCAAACAUUAAUGUCCAACACUGGAUCACUGCAAUUGAAUUGAUUUUUAAGAAAAAAAAAGAAUAUGUGAAUUUACCCUGCAUUUCCUUUAAAUUCUACUAGUUCUUUACAGUUUAUGUACAUUUUUUCAGAUGUUGUUUUUACUAACCUUUUUUAAAGACUAUAAAAAAAAAAGGAUUUAAAAAUUAGUUUAAAUUUUGUAAAUUAUCAAAGUUUAGUUUAAUGUUUAAACAUAUGUAUUUAGACAAACUUUGUUAGAAAUAUUUUUUAGGAAGAGAUUGGAGGCUCAUUAAAAUAGGACAUUCAAAUGUUAUGUAGUAAUGAACAGGUAAUAAUAAAAUUUCUGUAAACUGAUAGCAUUUUAGUUUCUUUAAGAAAUUGUUAAUGUGAUAAACAAAAAAGAAUAGUCUAAGCUCUUUUUAAUGAAACAUAAUUUUUUACAAUUGCAUUCUAAAUGCAAGUCACCAUGAUUUUUGCAUAAGUAAUAUUUAUAUUUGAAAGUAUUUCAAACUAUCAGUGCUGUUAAUGCACACAUGUAAUGACACAGUGCUGGCGAUUGUGAAAUCCUGGUUUUCUAAUGGUUUUAGGAUAUUGUAAAGUCUGUGUUGAACAACAACAAAACUUAAAUCAUUGUAGUAUCUUUGAAUGCAUUUAAAUAAUUAGAUAAAUUUGACAUGAAGGAUUGUAAAGAUCUGUUUUUAAAUGUAGAAUUGUAAUAAAUUGCAAGUAUUAAAUUUAAUAUUAUAUAUUCAAUUCAAUUAUCAUUAGAACUUGGUUCAUUUCGAACAACUCAAAAAUGAUUCUUUUUUUAUACAUUUACCUAUGUGGUUCUGGAUUGAUCCUUAGAAUAUCACUCUAAAAGAUCUAGCUAUUCCUGCACUGAAAAUGGUGCAGACUGAAGCAUGUUCUUUGAUCCUUUUUUGUUACUUUUAGAUUUGCAUCAGGCUUAAAUAGUUAGAACUUCCUGAUUGCAAAUGUAAAUUGGAUUUCAUAAUUAGCUGGUAAUGUCUCUGAACAUAGCUGUACAGACAUAGAUGAUCCAAGCCAGUACUAGAACAACAGCAAUGUCAUGGUUUUGUAUGUGUACAAUGUAUUCUGUAAUAUAAGCUUUUUUUUUUUUAAUUGUAUUACAUUUUGACUAUCUUCAAUCUAUACAACUAAUUUCUUGAACUUUUCUUCAAACUACAUUUGAAACUUAAUAUUGUCAUUCUAUGUUUUAAUCAAAUUACAUUACAUGCAAGAUUUUUUUUACUAUUUUCAUUUUUUUGUACAUGGCUUGUUUACAACAUUUUAAUGACUGAAUGUUAUAUACUGUAGUCUUUUAACCCAUGAAGAUGUGAAUAACUGAAUGUUAUAUACUGUAGUCUUUUAACCCAUGAAGAUUUAUAUUUUUUAACAAAUGAUUUCUAUUUAAUUUAUACAAUGAUUUGACUCUGUCUGCAUGUGUGACAGCAAAGAAUGAAUGAGUUGUUAGUAUGUACAACACUAAUGUAUAAACAAUCACUUCCUAAUCUAGUCUAUUUUUUUUUUUUUUGCAUGUUGAGAUUUGAAUCCAGUUCUAGUCGAAUAAUUUGUGAGCUUUAUAUAAUUGCUACGGCAUAUGUCAAUUUUGACAGUGGUCUCUAUGCAGCACUGAAUUUGUGUAAUGUUAAAUUAGAGGAAAUAUUGUGUUGCACAUUUUGUUUUUUAAAUACUUGUUUUCAAAGAACUUAAGUAAACUGUCCCAGACCAAAGUUUUGUUUUCAUGUUAUUUCAAGUCGGUUAUUUUCAUCCCUUCCAUCCUUUUUUUUAAGGGGUUUUUAAUAAGUCUGUUGACAGGAACUGCGAUAUGUAUAUUUAUAUAUUCAACUGCAAUUGUAUGCUGUAAAUGUGAUUAUAGCUAUUAUUUUAAUCGUAACAUCUGAUUUCAAAUUUUAUUUUUCAAAAAUUGAGUUUUUCUAAAAAGUUGCUUGUAUUGUUUCAAGUAAUAAAUAAUUAGUAAAGUGAGUUCUUGCCAUAAUAACAUGAGGCAAUGGACAUGAAAAAGACAAUUUUCAGAGUACAUGUUAGAUGUUGUCCUUGCAUUCAACUGUCUUAAAAAAUCAACUUCCUAGAAAACAGUUUGCAUGUAUACAAAAACAUUUGCUGCUUUAUUAAAAUAGUUUCAUUUUUGUUUUCAAAGUCUUCCUCACUAAUUGUUUAAUUUGUUUUGCUAGCACAUACUCCUUUAAAAGUUGAUCCAUCAGAAGAACAGUUGUCCUCUUACCUUUCAAAAAGAAAUCAUUUAUAAAGCAGAGCAACUCAUAAUUCAUCCAAAAGUUACUCAGAAAUGACUUCUUGUCUUCCUGCACUGUGUUUUGAUGUACCUGCUACAUGUCAGUCCAGUUAGUUUGCUACUACAUGAAAGCAGGUGUCUUUCUAAUCAGUGAGCUUAACUUUCAACUUUCUCUUUGUAAAAUUUCAAAUACUUUUCUGUUUUUAAUGUCUCAAAGGCUCUUGAAUGGCAACAUCAACAUUUACUUGGCAGAAAAACUGAAGAUUCUAUUUAUAGAACUAUUUUUCCAACAAAAAAUGUUUCUAAGCAGACAAGAACCUUUCUUUUGAAAAUAAAUUACUAAUUUUGUCCCUGUUUGAAUAUAUUUGUCCCUGUUUUAUAUCCUUAAUGUAACCCUGAAUGCUUGAUUGAUUUCUGACAUGUAUGUUGGUCCAACUGUAUGUAUUUUAAUCUGUUGGCUGUAUUAGUUGCUUCCAAUAAAAUUUAAUAUUAUACAUACUA